UGUCGAUGCGGGCGUGCUAGCUCGCUAGGCUAACCAGGAAGUGAAAAGUGACAGCGGCGGUUCAUUGACGUCGCGCCCCCGUCUCCCCUCCUCCUCCGCCCUCACUCCACUACCUACUUCUCUGACACUUUGGAGCACUUCCACCGUCCCCCAGGCGUCACUUUCCACAGCCGCGUUGCGUGUGCUCGCAUGGGCAGCGGAGGAGUAAAGCUUAUCCGCCGAAAAGCACACACGUUCCCCGACGUCUGUCGUGUCUCGUCUCUCAGCUCGGGUGUGAAGUUUGUAAAUUAGCGAAUUGAAGAUGGCGACCAGCUCGGAGCGCAGUCCUCCUCCGUUCCCCGACGCCGGAGACCCCGCGGGCCGAGGCAGCGAUGAAGACGACGGAGACGACCUCUUCGUGAGUGUGAGCAACUCCUCCCUGAGUGAGACGGCGGCGACGGUCAGUCAGCACAGUGACGAUUUGGUGACUCCGCCCAGCGACGCCACGGCAGACCUGUCGAGUGAACCCAUCAGUAGCGGCUUGGGAUCCAAAACGCCCAGCGACAAUUUGAUGUCGCCUCCCAGCGACGCCAUGAGCGACCCCAUCAGCAGCGGGUCCGAGUCCAAAACGCCCAGCGAGCCCUCCGACGACUUUGACGAUCUGGCGGGCAACUGGAUGACUCCGACCGCCUCCGUCGAAUCCGGAGGUGGAAAGGGAGCAAGUGAAAACCAACUCCGGGAUGAGUUUGUUGACAUACUGGGAAACGAAACUGAAGCGCCGACCCGGGACGUGGCGGUUGAGAGCGCGGGAGAAAGUGGGCCCGAUGAGGUCGGCGACGCAAAAGAGGAAGUCAAAGAAACCGCUCUGCUUUUAGAUAUCGGUUCCUCGGCAGAUCUCGCCCCGCGCCAGCCGAGUAAAAUAGUCGACCCUCUGGCCGACCUCUUUGACGAUCCUCCGCCAGCUGCGGCCCCGAAGCAAAGCGCCGGCGCCGACCUGUUUGAAGACCAAGGCGGCGACUUGUUCGCCGACCCGCCACUGAUCAAAACCGCCAAGCCGCCUCAGAAGAGCCUCUUCGGCGAGCCCGACGAGGAUCUGUUCGGCGAACCGCUUGGCGCCAAGAAGAAGCCCGCCGGCGGCGAGCUGCGGGACGAGCCCCCGGCAGACAAAUCGGCGAGCCGUCACGGCGGCAAAGUGGGCGGAGCUCCCCCGCCGCAGCUGAACCGCGCCGACAUCUUCGCCGAAGAAGCCCUCGCCCCCGGCCACUCCGCUCAAAGGACAAACGGAGUCCACGGAGAAGUCGGCGCUGAUAUCUUUGCAGAAGCCACAGUGGAGCUCUCCCUAGACAGUCCGCAAAGCGAAAGGAAGAAGGCGGGGGCCACUCCCGCCACCGGCACCGCCGCCGCCGGCAGCAAACCUUCCACGUCGGCUCCAGCCGCCAAGCAAGCGACGGCUGCGCUGGAGGAACUGGAAGAAGAGGAGUCGUCGGAGCUGGAAGACAAAUUUGACAUCACCGUCUCCAUUACCGACCCAGAAAAAAUAGGGGACGGCAUGACCGCCUACAUGGCCUACAAAGUGUCCACUCGGACCACACUCGGCAUGUUCCGCAACAAGACGUUCACGGUGCGCCGACGCUUCAGCGACUUCUUGGGCCUGUACGAGAAGCUCUCGGAGAAGCACGGCCCCAACGGCUUCAUCGUGCCCCCGCCGCCCGAGAAGAGCAUCCUCGGUAUGACCAAGAUGAAGGUGGGGAAAGAGGACUCGUCGUCGGCGGACUUUGUCGAGAGGAGGAGAGGCGCCCUGGAGAGGUACCUUCAGAGGGUGGUCACUCACCCCUCGCUUCUCCAAGACCCCGACGUGCGAGAGUUCCUGGAGAGAGACGAGUUGCCCCGCGCGGUGAGCACGCAGGCCCUGAGCGGCGCCGGCUUCCUGAAAAUGAUCAACAAGGCGACCGACGCCGUCAGCAAAAUGACCAUCAAGAUGAACGAGUCGGACGCGUGGUUUGAGGAAAAGCUGCAGGAGGUGGAGUCUGCGGACCAACAGUUCAGGAAGCUCCACGCGCUGGUGGAGUCGCUGGUCCUUCACAGGAAAGAGCUUUCCACGAACACGGCGAGCUUCGCCAAGAGCGCCGCCAUGCUCGGCAGCGCCGAGGACAACACGGCGCUGUCCCGGGCCCUCUCGCAGUUGGCCGAGGUGGAGGACAAGAUGGAGCAGCUGCACCAGCAGCAGGCGGCCAACGACACUUUCGGCUUCGCCGAGCUCAUCGCCGAUUUCAUCCGACUGCUCGGUGCCGUCAGGGGCUCGUUCGACCAUCGCAUGAAGUCGUGGCAGCGCUGGCAGGACGCGCAGAGCACGCUGCAGAAGAAGCGCGAGGCCGAGGCCAAGCUCCAGUGGGCCAACAAGCCCGACAAGCUGCAGCUGGCCAAAGAGGAGAUCGCCGAGUGGGAGGCCAAAGUGACGCAGUUUGAGCGAGACUUUGACCGAGUGUCGGCCACCGUGCGCAGGGAAGUGCUGCGAUUUGAGAAAGAAAAAGCCAGGAACUUCAAAAGGCAGAUCAUCAACUAUCUGGAGAAUCUGCUCAAGUCUCAGCAGCAGAUGAUCAAGUACUGGGAGGCCUUCUUACCCGAGGCCAAAGCCAUCGCCUGAGUUGGGGGGCGACGCUCACCUUCUGCCUUUUUUUUUUUUGUUCUUUUCUCUUUCUUACUUUCUUUUUCCUUUCGGCUCAAACUCGACGUCCCGCCUUUCAAACCAACGAAGGGCGCGUGGCGUCGUCAAAAGAGAGUUUACGGUCAACUCGCUUUCCGAUCGACCCUCUUUCGAACGGUCUCGUCCGCCGUUACGUAACCCUCACAGCGCACGUAUUUUCUUAAGAGAUUGGCACUUUUCUCCACAUUUUGUCGUUUACGGUGCGUCGGGGGUGAAAGCGGCGAAAUGACUCAAAAGGGAUUCAAGACAUGUCGUGAUGCUGUGAUGGGGCACGGGGGGCAUUAGAACGCGCCGGAUGUAUCUUGCGUCAUGUAGAGAUGAAAAAAAAAUCGAUUGAUCCAAAUGAUUUGACGUUUUUGUGCCUUCUGCCGAGGAGCGACGGGGAUGAGAUGCCGGCGUCCAUCGAUGACGAAACUUGUUUGGUUUAGCGCAUGUCUAUUCUUCUUAUUGACCGUACGAAGGAGUAUUUGGAGUACGCGACAAAUCGGAUGGUGCAAAAUUGACGAUCGUUCCCGGUUAAUAGUCGCAUAACCCUACCGGCAAAGAAAUUGAAAUGACAAUCGAUCGUAACGUUUACGUUGAUUCAUUAUUUUUAGUUGCUUUGCUUUGCUAGCAGCUAACUCCGCCCCCUCCCCCAAAAAACCCCCACACGCUUUACCUGCAUUUGUUUGAUUAUCCAGAUGACACUUAAAAGUCCCAAAAAUUUGCCACUAAUAUCAAACCGGUUUAUGAUGAAACAACCCCCCCCAAAAGGACCACUUUUACUUGUUAAAAAAAAAACUUCAAUUUUUGUUUUGAAUUUAAAAAAAAAAAUCCAAUAAAUUUCACCUUUACUAGCGGCAAACCUUCCGAACAAAAAAUGUGUACAAUGUUUUGUUCUAUUAUUCGUAUGACACAAAAAAAAACAUAACUUGUCGGACUCAUAAAGUUGAUAAGUCGUUAGUUGCCCCCCCCCAAAAAAAAAAUGCACAUUCCUGGUUGACGAUGACAAAAACCCGUCAAAAGUAACAAUUUCACACGCAAAUAUUUGACUCAUUGAUCGUAAAGUAUGUGUGCGCGCAAAUUUCACCUGCUUUCUUAACAAUCAAAAACGCCACGUGGAAAAAAGUUGUUUUUUUGUUGACACGAAAAGCCAAGUUUUGCAGCGAAUUGUUCCGAACAAUGAUGGAUGAUGACAGAAUGAAUGAAACAAAAAAGUCGCAAGAUAACGUGCAAAAAAAUAGAAGUGGCACAAUUAAAAAAAAAAAAAAGUUCAUAAUCUUUACUUGCGGAAUUUCCAGAAUGUCCUGUCGGCAAACGUUACAAAAAAGUUUUGUGUGUGUGUGUGGGGUUUUUUUUUUUUUUUUUUUUUUUUGGUGAAUGUACAAAGUGGAAAACAGAUUCAAAGUUACUGAUUGGACAACACAAUUUCACUGAGUCAAAUGUACGUCUUUUUUGUUGUUGUUUUCUUGCUGCAUUUAUUACAAACAAAGAACAAAUGUUUUUUCUUUGGUUUGUUUUUGCGGUAUUUCCUUUUUCGACUGUAUUAGGAUUGUACACAAAAAAAAUCGGAUUAAAAAAAGUCAUACCAAAAUUUAGAACUUAAUUGUUCCAAAUGUUCUAUAUAUCACGCCCCAGAUCAUCAAUAGCAAUUACAAAUUAACCCAUUUAGCAUAAAUGUAAAAAAAAAAGAAUUGUAAAGUACAUUUUGUAUAAUUUUUCUUUUCAGAUGCAGUCUUUAUUUUACUGUCUUUUAUAUACUUGGUCUUUUUGUGUUUUUCUUUUUUCUCCUCUUGUAAAAUGAGAAUAUGACUUAUCACUUGUAAUUUUUUUUUUUUUUACAUAUAGCGCAUGACUGCCCAAUGAUUUUGAUAAGGCUCACCGUGGCCCAAAUAUUCCUUCGUACUUUUUACUGUUGGACAAUAGAACAAGCACGACUUAAUUGUCAAAUAAGCAUUUUAUUCCCCCCCCCCCACCCCCCAUUUAAAAGCAAGAUAAGUGACGUGACAAAAUAUGAUAGGAAACAUGCUGCACAAUGAAGUGGGUGUCCUGGCUAAUUUCUACAAACAGCCUGACACAAAAAAUAUCUCAAGAAAUGCGUGCGUGCGUCGAAACGCUUCUCUCAAUGUUCCUUGACAAGUCUCACGAAUGGUAAAUUGAGUCGCGUGCGUGCCAGGGCGUGAAGUCGAGCGAAGAAAGUCUUUUCGUAGCUUUAAUUUUGUUCACAUGCGGUGAGGAAAGAAUGCAUUUCAUGUUGGAUGAAAUCUCGGUCAUUUUUCGCGGAGGCCGUCGCUGAAUGCAAUGUGAGAUUGUUUUUUUCUCAAUACAUUGAUCCAAAGUCACCAAUGUGCACCCGUGACACGGAAAUUUUCUUGGAGAAGAAAUCAAAUAAACGUUGCACUGUUUACACUUGGA